AUGCCCUCUAAUGAGUCACUAGAUGGCCUCGCCACCAACGACAAUAAGCCUAUUCACUCUUUGGAUUUCCCACAACUUUAUAAACGCCCAUCAUACUUGGAACUUUUGCAAGUAUUAGAACUACUAAAACUUCCACCGCCUUCUUGGAAUUCAAAAUCUAGGAGGUCCCAAGAAUCUGACGAUGCUCAAGGCAUAUCUCGUUAUCUGACCAAAAUCAUUGGAAGCGAGCUUGAUUGGUUGUCCACGGGAGUAUCUGAAGAGGAAUGGGAACAACAAUGUGAAACAAUCCAUGAACUUGCUAGCAAGAGACUGGCGGAACGUUGUGGACGCUCAGCAAUGCCAGAGAUGAUCCGUACUUGGAGCAUUCCAACAUCUGGAGAUUCAGAAGACCUCGCCAUUGAACUGUGUGAGCCUCCACUCACUGGUGAUAGUUUGGGUCUCAAGACAUGGGGUACUUCCUUCGUAAUGGCCAAGAAGCUGGAAGAGCUAGGAAACCUCUAUUUUAGCGGUGUACUUUCCAACAGUGAUUUGUCUGGGCAAGAGCUUGCAACUUCACAAAAUGGCCAAACUGUGGAAAGUGAGUCAACAGUAGAGAUUCAGUUGACCAUGGGGUGCGACGAAACAUUGAACUGCAUCACGAGAAUGAAUGGCAAUGCCGUCAUAGUAGGAGACACUAUGGUGGUCAGUGAGUCGAGCAUGGAAAGGGAUGUGAUGCAUCAAGGAGACUUCCCGAGACAGGAUGUCUGCAACGAAGCGAAAAUCCUAGAGCUUGGUGCCGGUACUGGACUUCUUGGAUUGACAGCAACUAUGCUCUGGAACAAGACCACCAUCUUGACUGAUCUCCCUGACAUUGUUCCAAACCUGGAUGUUAAUCUCAAGAAAAAUGGUUUCGGCCAUACUUCUGAAGAUAAAGCCAGUGCAGCAAUCUUGGAUUGGAGUGAUGCAGAAAACUCCGUGGUGUUUAGCCAAAACCCAGAUGAUAAGUUUGAGAUAAUUCUUGUUGCCGAUCCCUUUUAUGAUUCUCACCACCCUCCUCUUCUUGCUGGAGUUAUCCCGAAGUUCCUCAAGAAUAGUGAAGACAGUCGUGUGUUGGUAUCAGUGCCGCUAAGAGACAAUGCAACAAAGGCGAUGAAGAAUAACUUUGAGGAACUGAUGUCCGUUCAAGGAUACCAAUUAGUUGCUAGUGGUAAAGAACGCUGCUUCGAUGAUUGGGAGGAUUCAGAACGGGACGACGACGAUGAUGGCGUACACUGUUGGUGGGGCAUCUGGAAGCACGAUGUAGCGGCAUCUACUCCAAUACUUCUAUGA